AAUUAUAUUUUAGAAAAUGCAAAUUUAUAAUUAUUUAUUAUGUACUUACACGUGCAUCAGGGGACAUAACCUCUUCAUUGUAUGUCGUUCUCUUGCCCGUACUACAUUCACCAACACCAACUCGUCUUUUCUUUCGAGAAUAGUCUGUCGAUAGAGGAAGGUCGCCAGUCCUUUUCAAAUGUUCUUUAUAAGGGCCUCGUUUCAUUAUUCUCAAUACUUCGUUUCAAAACCAUCGAUGUAAUGUAUACAAAAACAUAGAGCCACGUGAUAACGAGGUGAUAUGCAAACUGUUGCGCGUUGAGCAUGCGUUGUGGAACGCAUGCGUACGCGCAUAAGGAUAACGCGGUAAACCAGAAAGAAUCAUACUCGCGAUACGAUCGUGCUAACAAGGAAUUCGGAGGAAUUUGGAAAGUAUAGAUAAUUAUAGUAUUUAUCGGAUAAUGGAGGUGAAUGACACAGAGGAGUUGAACGAUGAAAAGUGUAUUCUCGUAGAGUUUCCUAACGAGAACGGAAAUAUAGCCGUUGGAUAUUUCGCAUGGCUAACAACAGUGAAAGAAGAAGAACGUGUAAAUGCACUUAUAAAAAGCGGUGAACAUGUAGUUAUUCGUUGGCCGGCGAAUUGCAUCGUUGGUCCACUGAAUGCAAAAAUGAAGAAAAAAUUUCUUAAUUGCAAGUGGACUCCGCACAUCGUGUCCAUUUUAGGAUUUGGAGAUUGGACAAGCAUGAACACGCAGCUUAAAAAUUAUCUUAAAUAUGAUGAGCCAAAUCCAACGAAGGAAGAUAGGAAGAAGUAUGCUGCUAAGAAGAAAGGCAGCAGUAGUAGUGAAGAGGAUGAUAAAAAGAAAGAAUUAAAGGAUACAAAUAAACGUCGAACCAGUGCUGCAAAAAAAGUGGCGGGAAAUAUACUGGAAAAAAUUAAAAAAAAGGAUCAAUCACAAUCAGAGGCACAAAGUGUGACUCGUGCAGAUUCGGAUUCGACUUCGUCAUCAGAUGAUGAUUGUGCAAUAUCAAUGAGAACUCUAUCAACAUCACAUAACAAUAAAAUAAAAUUUACAGAAGAAACGGUAUCUUUGAGAAAGAAAAAUAGAGCGUUGGAAGCCGAAAAUUUAAAAUUAAAAGAAGAAAAUAAAGAAAUAAAAAUAGCUAGCGCAAAAGAUUUAAAAGACAUAAAAGACAUGACGACGACAAUUUUAAGACUUUUAAAAGUUAAUGAACGGGAAACAAAAAAACAGAAUGUAGACAAUUUACAUAAAGAGAGAGCCGAAGAUAAUGCCCAAAAAAUUGUCUUUGACGGCUUCAUAGAUUCAUUUGAUCCGCCAAUAAAUGAAGACUCAUUGAACGAUGAUUACGCAGUUUUUAGAGUACCUUAUAAAAAUAAAACGAUUGUUCCACAGGAUGACAAUGAAAUGAAAAAUCGUGUACUUAAAACCGUUGAAACAAAACGUGACGAGAAACGACAACUGAUGACGAUCAGUAGUAAUGAGAACAAAUUAAAGGAAAAUGGAAAAUAUUUUGGAGAUCGGUUUUUAAGCAAUCAACAAUUGGAAAAAAUUAAUGACAAAGACGGCCUAUCAAUGAUGGCAAGCGAAUUACUUGGAUUAGUGUUCGAUCGCGAGGAACUGCGAGAAAGCAGCUUAACAGGGAAGCAGGCUAAUGCGAAUAAAGGAAAAAACUGCCCAAAAGCAUCGACACAACAGCUUGAUCCUACACGUGUAGCAGAUGUUGCAGCGUACAUAUACGAACGGUUCGGAGGAAAGACUCGGGACAAUGAAAAAUUAUUUCGAGCUGCUGUUCGCAGCAAAUGUAAUAACGCAAAAAAAUAUUGUUAACUUUCUUUAAAAAUUCGUUUGCAGCAAAUGCAAAGUGCAAAACAUGCGACUGUUUUUUAAGUUUUUUUUUAAUUUUUAAAAUAUUUUAAUUAAGUUUUUUGUUCGUAGCAAAUGCAAUAAUGCAAAGAAUACUUUUCGUUUUUUUUCAAGUUUUCUGAGUAUAAGUAUGCAAUAUUUCUGAGUAUAUUAAAGUUUGCAAAAAUUUCUGAGUUUAAUAAAUAAAAAA